AUGAAUGUUGUAUAUAGUGUACAAUUACAACACCCUCUUCUUCACAUGUGUUCCUCUUCUUCACAUGUGUCCCUCUUCUUCACAUGUGUCCCUCUUCUUCACAUGUGUCCCUCUUCUUCACAUGUGUUCCUCUUCUUCACAUGUGUCCCUCUUCUUCACAUGUGUCCCUCUUCUUCACAUGUGUCCCUCUUCUUCACAUGUGUUCCUCUUCUUCACAUGUGUCCCUCUUCUUCACAUGUGUCCCUCUUCUUCACAUGUGUUCCUCUUCUUCACAUGUGUCCCUCUUCUUCACAUGUGUCCCUCUUCUUCACAUGUGUCCCUCUUCUUCACAUGUGUUCCUCUUCUUCACAUGUGUUCCUCUUCUUCACAUGUGUUCCUCUUCUUCACAUGUGUUCCUCUUCUUCACAUGUGUUCCUCUUCUUCACAUGUGUUCCUCUUCUUCACAUGUGUUCCUCUUCUUCACAUGUGUUCCUCUUCUUCACAUGUGUUCCUCUUCUUCACAUGUGUUCCUCUUCUUCACAUGUGUUCCUCUUCUUCACAUGUGUUCCUCUUCUUCACAUGUGUUCCUCUUCUUCACAUGUGUUCCUCUUCUUCACAUGUGUUCCUCUUCUUCACAUGUGUUCCUCUUCUUCACAUGUGUUCCUCUUCUUCACAUGUGUUCCUCUUCUUCACAUGUGUUCCUCUUCUCACAUGUGUUCCUCUUCUUCACAUGUGUUCCUCUUCUUCACAUGUGUUUCCUCUUCUUCACAUGUGUUCCUCUUCUUCACAUGUGAUCCUCUUCUUCACAUGUGUUCCUCUUCUUCACAUGUGUUCCUCUUCUUCACAUGUGUUCCUCUUCUUCACAUGUGUUCCUCUUCUUCACAUGUGUUCCUCUUCUUCACAUGUGUUUCCUCUUCUUCACAUGUGUUCCUCUUCUUCACAUGUGUUCCUCUUCUUCACAUGUGUUCCUCUUCUUCACAUGUGUUCCUCUUCUUCACAUGUGUUCCUCUUCUUCACAUGUGUUCCUCUUCUUCACAUGUGUUCCUCUUCUUCACAUGUGUUUCCUCUUCUUCACAUGUGUUCCUCUUCUUCACAUGUGUUCCUCUUCUUCACAUGUGUUCCCUCUUCUUCACAUGUGUCCUCUUCUUCACAUGUGUUCCUCUUCUUCACAUGUGUUCCUCUUCUUCACAUGUGUCCCUCUUCUUCACAUGUGUCCCUCUUCUUCACAUGUGUUCCCUCUUCUUCACAUGUGUCCUCUUCUUCACAUGUGUCCCUCUUCUUCACAUGUGUCCCUCUUCUUCACAUGUGUCCCUCUUCUUCACAUGUGUCCCUCUCUUCACAUGUGUCCCUCUUCUUCACAUGUGUUCCUCUUCUUCACAUGUGUUCCUCUUCUUCACAUGUGUUCCUCUUCUUCACAUGUGUUCCUCUUCUUCACAUGUGUUCCUCUUCUUCACAUGUGUCCCUCUUCUUCACAUGUGUUCCUCUUCUUCACAUGUGUUCCUCUUCUUCACAUGUGUCCCUCUUCUUCACAUGUGUCCCUCUUCUUCACAUGUGUUCCUCUUCUUCACAUGUGUUCCUCUUCUUCACAUGUGUCCCUCUUCUUCACAUGUGUCCCUCUUCUUCACAUGUGUUCCUCUUCUUCACAUGUGUCCCUCUUCUUCACAUGUGUCCCUCUUCUUCACAUGUGUCCCUCUUCUUCACAUGUGUUCCUCUUCUUCACAUGUGUUCCUCUUCUUCACAUGUGUUCCUCUUCUUCACAUGUGUUCCUCUUCUUCACAUGUGUUCCUCUUCUUCACAUGUGUCCCUCUUCUUCACAUGUGUUCCUCUUCUUCACAUGUGUUCCUCUUCUUCACAUGUGUCCCUCUUCUUCACAUGUGUCCCUCUUCUUCACAUGUGUUCCUCUUCUUCACAUGUGUUCCUCUUCUUCACAUGUGUCCCUCUUCUUCACAUGUGUCCCUCUUCUUCACAUGUGUUCCUCUUCUUCACAUGUGUCCCUCUUCUUCACAUGUGUCCCUCUUCUUCACAUGUGUUCCUCUUCUUCACAUGUGUCCUCUUCUUCACAUGUGUUCCUCUUCUUCACAUGUGUUCCUCUUCUUCACAUGUGUUCCUCUUCUUCACAUGUGUUCCUCUUCUUCACAUGUGUUCCUCUUCUUCACAUGUGUUCCUCUUCUUCACAUGUGUUCCUCUUCUUCACAUGUGUUCCUCUUCUUCACAUGUGUUCCUCUUCUUCACAUGUGUUCCUCUUCUUCACAUGUGUUCCUCUUCUUCACAUGUGUUCCUCUUCUUCACAUGUGUUCCUCUUCUUCACAUGUGUUCCUCUUCUUCACAUGUGUUCCUCUUCUUCACAUGUGUUCCUCUUCUUCACAUGUGUUCCUCUUCUUCACAUGUGUUCCUCUUCUUCACAUGUGUUCCUCUUCUUCACAUGUGUUCCUCUUCUUCACAUGUGUUCCUCUUCUUCACAUGUGUCCCUCUUCUUCACAUGUGUCCCUCUUCUUCACAUGUGUUCCUCUUCUUCACAUGUGUUCCUCUUCUUCACAUGUGUCCCUCUUCCAUGUGUCCCUCUUCUUCACAUGUGUCCCUCUUCUUCACAUGUGUCCCUCUUCUUCACAUGUGUCCCUCUUCUUCACAUGUGUCCCUCUUCUUCACAUGUGUUCCUCUUCUUCACAUGUGUUCCUCUUCUUCACAUGUGUUCCUCUUCUUCACAUGUGUUCCUCUUCUUCAAAUGUGUUCCUCUUCUUCACAUGUGUCCCUCUUCUUCACAUGUGUUCCUCUUCUUCACAUGUGUUCCUCUUCUUCACAUGUGUCCCUCUUCUUCACAUGUGUCCCUCUUCUUCACAUGUGUUCCUCUUCUUCACAUGUGUUUCCUCUUCUUCACAUGUGUCCCUCUUCUUCACAUGUGUCCCUCUUCUUCACAUGUGUUCCUCUUCUUCACAUGUGUUCCCUCUUCUUCACAUGUGUCCCUCUUCUUCACAUGUGUUCCUCUUCUUCACAUGUGUCCCUCUUCUUCACAUGUGUCCCUCUUCUUCACAUGUGUCCCUCUUCUUCACAUGUGUUCCUCUUCUUCACAUGUGUCCCUCUUCUUCACAUGUGUCCCUCUUCUUCACAUGUGUUCCUCUUCUUCACAUGUGUUCCUCUUCUUCACAUGUGUUCCUCUUCUUCACAUGUGUUCCUCUUCUUCACAUGUGUUCCUCUUCUUCACAUGUGUUCCUCUUCUUCACAUGUGUCCCUCUUCUUCACAUGUGUCCCUCUUCUUCACAUGUGUUCCUCUUCUUCACAUGUGUUCCCUCUUCUUCACAUGUGUCCCUCUUCUUCACAUGUGUUCCUCUCUUCACAUGUGUCCUCUUCUCACAUGUGUUCCUCUUCUUCACAUGUGUUCCUCUUCUUCACAUGUGUUCCUCUUCUUCACAUGUGUUCCUCUUCUUCACAUGUGUUUCCUCUUCUUCACAUGUGUUCCUCUUCUUCACAUGUGUUCCUCUUCUUCACAUGUGUUCCUCUUCUUCACAUGUGUUCCUCUUCUUCACAUGUGUUCCUCUUCUUCACAUGUGUUCCUCUUCUUCACAUGUGUUCCUCUUCUUCACAUGUGUUCCUCUUCUUCACAUGUUUCCUCUUCUUCACAUGUGUUCCCUCUUCUUCACAUGUGUCCCUCUUCUUCACAUGGUGUCCCUCUUCUUCACAUUGUGCCUCUUCUUCACAUGUGUUCCUCUUCUUCACAUGUUUCCUCUUCUUCACAUGUGUUACCUCUUCUUCACAUGUGUUCCUCUUCUUCACAUGUGUUCCUCUUCUUCACAUGUGUUCCUCUUCUUCACAUGUGUUCCUCUUCUUCACAUGUGUUCCUCUUCUUCACAUGUGUUCCUCUUCUUCACAUUGUUCCUCUUCUUCACAUGUGUCUUCCUCUUCUUCACAUGUGUUCCUCCUUCUUCACAUGUGUUCCUCUUCUUCACAUGUGUUCCUCUUCUUCACAUGUGUUCCUCUUCUUCACAUGUGUUCCCUCUUCUUCACAUGUGUUCCUCUUCUUCACAUGUGUUCCCUCUUCUUCACAUGUGUUCCCUCUUCUUCACAUGUGUUCCUCUUCUUCACAUGUGUCCCUCUUCUUCACAUGUGUCCCUCUUCUUCACAUGUGUCCCUCUUCUUCACAUGUGUCCCUCUUCUUCACAUGUGUUCCCUCUUCUUCACAUGUGUCCCUCUUCUUCACAUGUGUUCCUCUUCUUCACAUGUGUUCCUCUUCUUCACAUGUGUCCUCUUUCUUCACAUGUGUUCCUCUUCUUCACAUGUGUUCCUCUUCUUCACAUGUGUUCCUCUUCUUCACAUGUGUUCCUCUUCUUCACAUGUGUUCCCUCUUCUUUCACAUGUGUUCCUCUUCUUCACAUGUGUUCCUCUUCUUCACAUGUGUUCCUCUUCUACAUGUGUCUCCUUCUUCACAUGUGUUCCUCUUCUUCACAUGUGUUCCUCUUCUUCACAUGUGUCCCUCUUCUUCACAUGUGUCCCUCUUCUUCACAUGUGUCCCCUCUUCUUCACAUGUGUCCCUCUUCUUCACAUGUGUCCCUCUUCUUCACAUGUGUCCCUCUUCUUCACAUGUGUCCCUCUCUUCACAUGUGUCCCUCUUCUUCACAUGUGUUCCUCUUCUUCACAUGUGUCCUCUUCUUCACAUGUGUUCCUCUUCUUCACAUGUGUUCCUCUUCUUCACAUGUGUUCUCUUCUUCACAUGUGUCCUCUUCUUCACAUGUGUUCCUCUUCUUCACAUGUGUUCCUCUUCUUCACAUGUGUUCCUCUUCUUCACAUGUGUUCCUCUUCUUCACAUGUGUCCCUCUUCUUCACAUGUGUUCCUCUUCUUCACAUGUGUUCCUCUUCUUCACAUGUGUUCCCUCUUCUUCACAUGUGUUCCUCUUCUUCACAUGUGUCCCUCUUCUUCACAUGUGUCCCUCUUCUUCACAUGUGUCCCUCUUCUUCACAUGUGUCCCUCUUCUUCACAUGUGUUCCUCUUCUUCACAUGUGUCCCUCUUCUUCACAUGUGUUCCUCUUCUUCACAUGUGUUCCUCUUCUUCACAUGUGUUCCUCUUCUUCACAUGUGUUCCUCUUCUUCACAUGUGUUCCUCUUCUUCACAUGUGUUCCUCUUCUUCACAUGUGUUCCUCUUCUUCACAUGUGUUCCUCUUCUUCACAUGUGUUCCUCUUCUUCACAUGUGUUCCUCUUCUUCACAUGUGUUCCUCUUCUUCACAUGUGUUCCUCUUCUUCACAUGUGUUCCUCUUCUUCACAUGUGUUCCUCUUCUUCACAUGUGUUCCUCUUCUUCACAUGUGUUCCUCUUCUUCACAUGUGUUCCUCUUCUUCACAUGUGUUCCUCUUCUUCACAUGUGUUCCUCUUCUUCACAUGUGUUCCUCUUCUUCACAUGUGUUCCUCUUCUUCACAUGUGUUCCUCUUCUUCACAUGUGUUCCUCUUCUUCACAUGUGUUCCUCUUCUUCACAUGUGUUCCUCUUCUUCACAUGUGUUCCCUCCUCUCCCUGAUGUCCUCUCUUCACAUGUGUUCCUCUUCUUCACAUGUGUCCUCUUCUUCACAUGUGUUCCUCUUCUUCACAUGUGUCCUCUUCUUCACAAUGUGUUCCCUCUUCUUCACAUGUGUCCCUCUUCUUCACAUGUGUCCUCUUCUUCACAUGUGUUCCUCUUCUUCACAUGUGUUCCUCGUCUUCACCAUGUGUUCCUCUUCUUCACAUGUGUAUUCCUCUUCUUCACAUGUGUUCCUCUUCUUCACAUGUGUUUCCUCUUCUUCACAUGUGUUCCUCUUCUUCACAUGUGUCCCUCUUCUUCACAUGUGUUCCUCUUCUUCACAUGUGUUCCUCUUCUUCACAUGUGUUCCUCUUCUUCACAUGUGUUCCUCUUCUUCAACAUGUGUUCCUCUUCUUCACGAUGUGUUCCUCUAUCUUCUACAUGUGUUCCUCUUCUCACAUGUGUUCCUCUUCUUCACAUGUGUUCCUCUUCUUCACAUGUGUUCCUCUUCUCCAUGUGUUUCCUCUUCUUCACAUGUGUUCCUCUUCUUCACAUGUGUUCCUCUUCUUCACAUGUGUUCCUCUUCUUCACAUGUGUUCCUCUUCUUCACAUGUGUUCCUCUUCUUCACAUGUGUUCCUCUCUUCACAUGUGUUCCUCUUCUUCACAUGUGUUCCUCUUCUUCACAUGUGUUACUCAUUCUUCACAUGUGUUCCUCUUCUUCACAUGUGUUCCUCUUCUUCACAUGUGUUCCUCUUCUUCACAUGUGUUCCUCUUCUUCACAUGUGUUCCUCUUCUUCACAAUGUGUUCCCUCUUCUUCACAUGUGUUCCUCUUCUUCACAUGUGUUCCUCUCUUCACAUGUGUUCCUCUUCUUCACAUGUGUUCCUCUUCUUCACAAUAUGGUUCCCUCUUCUUACAUGUGUUUCCUCUUCUUCACAUGUGUUCCUCUUCUUCACAUGUGUUCCUCUUCUUCACAUGUGUUCCUCUUCUUCAAUGUGUUCCUCUUCUUCACAUGUGUUCCUCUUCUUCACAUGUGUUUCCUCUUCUUCACAUGUGUUCCUCUUCUUCACAUGUGUUCCUCUUCUUCACAUGUGUUCCUAUCUUCACAUGUGUUCCUCUUCUCACAUGUGUUCCUCUUUCCUUCACAUGUGUUCCUCUUCUUCACAUGUGUUCCUCUUCUUCACAUGUGUUCCUCUUCUUCACAUGUGUUCCUCUUCUUCACAUGUGUUCCUCUUCUUCACAUGUGUUCCUCUUCUUCACAUGUGUUCCUCUUCUUCACAUGUGUUCCUCUUCUUCACAUGUGUUCCUCUUCUUCACAUGUGUUCCUCUUCUUCACAUGUGUUCCUCUUCUUCACAUGUGUUCCUCUUCUUCACAUGUGUUCCUCUUCUUCACAUGUGUUCCUCUUCUUCACAUGUGUUCCUCUUCUUCACAUGUGUUCCUCUUCUUCACAUGUGUUCCUCUUCUUCACAUGUGUUCCUCUUCUUCACAUGUGUUCCUCUUCUUCACAUGUGUUCCUCUUCUUCACAUGUGUUCCUCUUCUUCACAUGUGUUCCUCUUCUUCACAUGUGUUCCUCUUCUUCACAUGUGUUCCUCUUCUUCACAUGUGUUCCUCUUCUUCACAUGUGUUCCUCUUCUUCACAUGUGUUCCUCUUCUUCACAUGUGUUCCUCUUCUUCACAUGUGUUCCUCUUCUUCACAUGUGUUCCUCUUGCUUCCAUGUGUUCCUCGUCUUCACAUGUGUUCCUCUUCUUACACAUGUGUUCCUCUUCUUCACAUGUGUUUCCUCUUCUUCACAUGUGUUCCUCUUCUUCACAUGUGUUCCUCUUCUUCACAUGUGGUUCCUCUUCUUCACAUGUGUUCCUCUUCUUCACAUGUGUUCCUCUUCUUCACAUGUGUUCCUCUUCUUUCACAUGUGUUCCUCUUCUUCACAUGUGUCCCUCUUCCUUUCACAUGUGUUCCUCUUCUUCACAUGUGUUCCUCUUCUUCACAUGUGUUCCUCUUCUUCACAUGUGUUCCUCUUCUUCACAUGUGUUCCUCUUCUUCACAUGUGUUCCUCUUCUUCACAUGUGUUUCUCUUCUUCACAUGUGUUCCUCUUCUUCACAUGUGUUCCUCUUCUUCACAUGUGUUCCUCUUCUUCCCAUGUGUUCCUCUUCUUCACAUGUGUUCCUCUUCUUCACAUGUGUUCCUCUCUUCACAUGUGUUCUCUCUUCACAUGUGUUCCUCUUCUUCACAUGUGUUCCUCUUCUUCACAUGUGUUCCCUCUUCUUCACAUGUGUUCCUCUUCUUCACAUGUGUUCCUCUUCUUCACAUGUGUUCCUCUUCUUCACAUGUGUUCCUCUUCUUCACAUGUGUUUCCUCUUCUUCACAUGUGUUCCUCUUCUUCCACAUGUUUUUCCUCUUCUUCACAUGUGUUCCUCUUCUUCACAUGUGUUCCUCUUCUUCACAUGUGUUCCUCUUCUUCACAUGUGUUCCUCUUCUUUCACAUGUGUUCCUCUUCUUCACAUGUGUUCCUCUUCUUCACAUGUGUUCCUCUUCUUCACAGUGUGUUCCUCUUCUUCACAUGUGUUCCCUCUUCUUCACAUGUGUUCCUCUUCUUCACAUGUGUUCCUCUUCUUCACAUGUGUUCCUCUUCUUCACAUGUGUUCCUCUUCUUCACAUGUGUUCCUCUUCUUCACAUGUGUUCCUCUUCUUCACAUGUGUUCCUCUUCUUCACAUGUGUUCCUCUUCUUCACAUGUGUUCCUCUUCUUCACAUGGUGUUCCUCUUCUUCACAUGUGUUCCUCUUCUUCACAUGUGUUCCUCUUCUUCACAUGUGUUCCUCUUCUUCACAUGUGUUCCUCUUCUUCACAUGUGUUCCUCUUCUUCACAUGUGUUCCUCUUCUUCACAUGUGUUCCUCUUCUUCACAUGUGUUCCUCUUCUUCACAUGUGUUCCUCUUCUUCACAUGUGUUCCUCUUCUUCACAUGUGUUCCUCUUCUUCACAUGUGUUCCUCUUCUUCACAUGUGUUCCUCUUCUUCACAUGUGUUCCUCUUCUUCACAUGUGUUCCUCUUCUUCACAUGUGUUCCUCUUCUUCACAUGUGUUCCUCUUCUUCACAUGUGUUCCUCUUCUUCACAUGUGUUCCUCUUCUUCACAUGUGUUCCUCUUCUUCACAUGUGUUCCUCUUCUUCACAUGUGUUCCUCUUCUUCACAUGUGUUCCUCUUCUUCACAUGUGUUCCUCUUCUUCACAUGUGUUCCUCUUCUUCACAUGUGUUCCUCUUCUUCACAUGUGUUCCUCUUCUUCACAUGUGUUCCUCUUCUCUUCAAUUUCCUUUCACAUGUGUUCCUCUCUUCACAUGUUUUCCUCUUCUUCACAUGUGUUCCUCUUCUUCACAUGUGUUCCUCUUCUUCACAUGUGUUCCUCUUCUUCACAUGUGUUCCUCUUCUUCACAUGUGUCCCUCUUCUUCACAUGUGUUCCUCUUCUUCACAUGUGGUCCCUCUUCUUCACAUGUGUCCUCUUCUUCACAUGUGUUCCUCUUCUUCACAUGUGUUCCUCUUCUUCACAUGUGUUCCUCUUCUCACAUGUGUCCUCUUCUUCACAUGUGUUUCCUCUUCUUCACAUGUGUUCCUCUUCUUCACAUGUGUUCCUCUUCUUCACAUGUGUUCCUCUUCUUCAGCAGGAUGUUCCUCUUCUGCACAUGUGUUCCUCUUCUUCACAUGUGUUCCUCUUCUUCACAUGUGUUCCUCUUCUUCACAUGUGUUCCUCUUCUUCACAUGUGUUCCUCUUCUUCACAUGUGUUCCUCUUCUUCACAUGUGUUCCUCUUCUUCACAUGUGUUCCUCUUCUUCACAUGUGUCCUCCUCUUCACAUGUGGUCUCUCACAUGUGUUCCUCUUCUUCACAUGUGUUCCUCUUCUUCACAUGUGUUCCUCUUCUUCACAUGUGUUCCUCUUCUUCACAUGUGUUCCUCUUCUUCACAUGUGUUCCUCUUCUUCACAUGUGUUCCUCUUCUUCACAUGUGUUCCUCUUCUUCACAUGUGUUCCUCUUCUUCACAUGUGUUCCUCUUCUUCACAUGUGUCCCUCUUCUUCACAUGUGUUCCUCUUCUUCACAUGUGUUCCUCUUCUUCACAUGUGUUCCUCUUCUUCACAUGUGUUCCUCUUCUUCACAUGUGUUCCUCUUCUUCACAUGUGUUCCUCUUCUUCACAUGUGUUCCUCUUCUUCACAUGUGUUCCUCUUCUUCACAUGUGUUCCUCUUCUUCACAUGUGUUCCUCUUCUUCACAUGUGUUCCUCUUCUUCACAUGUGUUCCUCUUCUUCACAUGUGUUCCUCUUCUUCACAUGUGUUCCUCUUCUUCACAUGUGUUCCUCUUCUUCACAUGUGUUCCUCUUCUUCACAUGUGUUCCUCUUCUUCACAUGUGUUCCUCUUCUUCACAUGUGUUCCUCUUCUUCACAUGUGUUCCUCUUCUUCACAUGUGUUCCUCUUCUUCACAUGUGUUCCUCUUCUUCACAUGUGUUCCUCUUCUUCACAUGUGUUCCUCUUCUUCACAUGUGUUCCUCUUCUUCACAUGUGUUCCUCUUCUUCACAUGUGUUCCUCUUCUUCACAUGUGUUCCUCUUCUUCACAUGUGUUCCUCUUCUUCACAUGUGUUCCUCUUCUUCACAUGUGUUCCUCUUCUUCACAUGUGUUCCUCUUCUUCACAUGUGUUCCUCUUCUUCACAUGUGUUCCUCUUCUUCACAUGUGUUCCUCUUCUUCACAUGUGUUCCUCUUCUUCACAUGUGUUCCUCUUCUUCACAUGUGUUCCUCUUCUUCACAUGUGUUCCUCUUCUUCACAUGUGUUCCUCUUCUUCACAUGUGUUCCUCUUCUUCACAUGUGUUCCUCUUCUUCACAUGUGUUCCUCUUCUUCACAUGUGUUCCUCUUCUUCACAUGUGUUCCUCUUCUUCACAUGUGUUCCUCUUCUUCACAUGUGUUCCUCUUCUUCACAUGUGUUCCUCUUCUUCACAUGUGUUCCUCUUCUUCACAUGUGUUCCUCUUCUUCACAUGUGUUCCUCUUCUUCACAUGUGUUCCUCUUCUUCACAUGUGUUCCUCUUCUUCACAUGUGUUUCCUCUUCUUCACAUGUGUUCCUCUUCUUCACAUGUGUUCCUCUUCUUCACAUGUGUUCCUCUUCUUCACAUGUGUUCCUCUUCUUCACAUGUGUUCCUCUUCUUCACAUGUGUUCCUCUUCUUCACAUGUGUUCCUCUUCUUCACAUGUGUUCCUCUUCUUCACAUGUGUUCCUCUUCUUCACAUGUGUUCCUCUUCUUCACAUGUGUUCCUCUUCUUCACAUGUGUUCCUCUUCUUCACAUGUGUUCCUCUUCUUCACAUGUGUUCCUCUUCUUCACAUGUGUUCCUCUUCUUCACAUGUGUUCCUCUUCUUCACAUGUGUUCCUCUUCUUCACAUGUGUUCCUUCUUACUUCAACAUGUGUUCCUCUUCUUCACAUGUGUUCCUCUUCUUCACAUGUGUUCCUCUAUCUUCACAUUGUUCCUCUUCUUCACAUGUGUUCUCUUCUUCACAAUGUGUUCCUCUUCUUCACAUGUGUUCCUCUUCUUCACAUGUGUUCCUCUUCUUACAUGUGUUCCUCUUCUCACAUGUGGUUCCUCUUCUUCACAGACUGUGUUCCUCUUCUUCACAUGUGUUCCUCUUCUUCACAUGUGUUCCUCUUCUCACAUGUGUUCCUCUUCUUCACAUGUGUUCCUCUUCUUCACAUGGUUCCUCUUCUUCACAUGUGUUUCCUCUUCUUCACAUGUGUUCCUCUUCUUCACAUGUGUUCCUCUUCUUCACAUGUGGUCCUCUUCUUCACAUGUGUUCUCUUCUUCACAUGUGUUCCUCUUUCUUCACAUAGUGUUCCUCUUCUUCACAUGUGUUCCUCUUCUUCACAUGUGUUCCUCUUCUUCACAUGUGUUCCUCUUCUUCACAUGUGUUUCCUCUUCUUCACAUGUGUUCCUCUUCUUCACAUGUGUUCCUCUUCUUCACAUUGUGUUCCUCUUCUUCACAUGUGUUUCCUCUUCUUCACAUGUGUUCCUCUUCUUCACAUGUGUUCCUCUUCUUCACAUGUGUUCCUCUUCUUCACAUGUGUUUCCUCUUCUUCACAUGUGUUCCUCUUCUUCACAUGUGUUCCUCUUCUUCACAUGUGUUCCCUCUUCUUCACAUGUGUUCCUCUUCUUCACAUGUGUUCCUCUUCUUCACAUGUGUUCCUCUUCUUCACAUGUGUUCCUCUUCUUCACAUGUGUUCCUUCUUCACAUGUGUUCCUCUUCUUCACAUGUGUUCCUCUUCUUCACAUGUGUUCCUCUUCUUCACAUGUGUUCCUCUUCUUCACAUGUGUUCCUCUUCUUCACAUGUGUUCCUCUUCUUCACAUGUGUUCCUCUUCUUCACAUGUGUUCCUCUUCUUCACAUGUGUUCCUCUUCUUCACAUGUGUUCCUCUUCUUCACAUGUGUUCCUCUUCUUCACAUGUGUUCCUCUUCUUCACAUGUGUUCCUCUUCUUCACAUGUGUUCCUCUUCUUCACAUGUGUUCUCUUCUUCACAUGUGUUCCUCUUCUUCACAUGUGUUUCCUCUUCUUCACAUGUGUUCCUCUUCUUCACAUGUGGUUCCUCUUCUUCACAUGUGUUCCUCUUCUUCACAUGUGUUCUCUUCUUCACAUGUGUUCCUCUUCUUCACAUGUGUUCCUCUUCUUCACAUGUGUUCCUCUUCUUCACAUGUGUUCCUCUUCUUCACAUGUGUUCCUCUUCUUCACAUGUGUUCCUCUUCUUCACAUGUGUUCCUCUUCUUCACAUGUGUUCCUCUCUUCACAUGUGUUCCUCUUCUUCACAUUUGUUCCUCUUCUUCACAUGUGUUCCUCUUCUUCACAUGUGUUCCUCUUCUUGCACAUGUGUUCCUCUUCUUCACAUGUGUUCCUCUUCUUCACAUGUGUUCCUCUUCUUCACAUGUUGUUCCUCUUCUUCACAUGUGUUCCUCUUCUUCACGAUGUGUUCCUCUUCGUCACAUGUGUUCCUCUUCUUCACAUGUGUUCCUCUUCUUCACAUGUGUUCCUCUUCUUCACAUGUGUUCCUCUUCUUCACAUGUGUUCCUCUUCUUCACAUGUGUUCCUCUUCUUCACAUGUGUUCCUCUUCUUCACAUGUGUUCCUCUUCUUCACAUGUGUGUCCUCUUCCUUCACAAGAUGUGUUCUCUCAUUCUUCACAUGUGUUCCUCUUCUUCACAUGUGUUCCUCUUCUUCACAUGUGUUCCUCUUCUUCACGAUGUGUUUCCUCUUCUUCACAUGUGUUCCUCUUCUUCACAUGUGUUUCCUCUUCUUCACAUGUGUUCCUCUUCUUCACAUGUGUUCCUCUUCUUCACAUGUGUUCCUCUUCUCACAUGUGUUCCUCUUCUUCACAUGUGGUUCCUCUUCUUCACAUGUUUCUCUUCUUCACAUGUGUUCCUCUUCUUCACAUGUGUUCCCUCUUCUUCACAUGUGUUCCUCUUCUUCACAUGUGUUUCCUCUUCUUCACAUGUGUUCCUCUUCUUAACAUGUGGUUCCUCUUCUUCACAUGUGUUCCUCUUCUUCACAUGUGUUCCUCUUCUUCACAUGUGUUCCUCUUCUUCACGAUGUGUUCCUCUUCUUCACAUGUGGUUCCUCUUCUUCACAUGUGUAUCCUCUUCUUCACAUGUGUUUCCUCUUCUUCACAGUGUGUUCCUCUUCUUCACAUGUGUUCCUCUUCUUCACAUGUGUUCCUCUUCUUCACAUGUGUUCCUCUUCUUCACAUGUGUUCCUCUUCUUCACAUGUGUUCCUCUUCUUCACAUGUGUUCCUCUUCUUCACAUGUGUUCCUCUUCUUCACAUGUGUUCCUCUUCUUCACAUGUGUUCCUCUUCUUCACAUGUGUUCCUCUUCUUCACAUGUGUUCCUCUUCUUCACAUGUGUUCCUCUUCUUCACAUGUGUUCCUCUUCUUCACAUGUGUUCCUCUUCUUCACAUGUGUUCCUCUUCUUCACAUGUGUUCCUCUUCUUCACAUGUGUUCCUCUUCUUCACAUGUGUUCCUCUUCUUCACAUGUGUUCCUCUUCUUCACAUGUGUUCCUCUUCUUCACAUGUGUUCCUCUUCUUCACAUGUGUUCCUCUUCUUCACAUGUGUUCCUCUUCUUCACAUGUGUUCCUCUUCUUCACAUGUGUUCCUCUUCUUCACAUGUGUUCCUCUUCUUCACAUGUGUUCCUCUUCUUCACAUGUGUUCCUCUUCUUCACAUGUGUUCCUCUUCUUCACAUGUGUUCCUCUUCUUCACAUGUGUUCCUCUUCUUCACAUGUGUUCCUCUUCUUCACAUGUGUUCCUCUUCUUCACAUGUGUUCCUCUUCUUCACAUGUGUUCCUCUUCUUCACAUGUGUUCCUCUUCUUCACAUGUGUUCCUCUUCUUCACAUGUGUUCCUCUUCUUCACAUGUGUUCCUCUUCUUCACAUGUGUUCCUCUUCUUCACAUGUGUUCCUCUUCUUCACAUGUGUUCCUCUUCUUCACAUGUGUUCCUCUUCUUCACAUGUGUUCCUCUUCUUCACAUGUGUUCCUCUUCUUCACAUGUGUUCCUCUUCUUCACAUGUGUUCCUCUUCUUCACAUGUGUUCCUCUUCUUCACAUGUGUUCCUCUUCUUCACAUGUGUUCCUCUUCUUCACAUGUGUUCCUCUUCUUCACAUGUGUUCCUCUUCUUCACAUGUGUUCCUCUUCUUCACAUGUGUUCCUCUUCUUCACAUGUGUUCCUCUUCUUCACAUGUGUUCCUCUUCUUCACAUGUGUUCCUCUUCUUCACAUGUGUUCCUCUUCUUCACAUGUGUUCCUCUUCUUCACAUGUGUUCCUCUUCUUCACAUGUGUUCCUCUUCUUCACAUGUGUUCCUCUUCUUCACAUGUGUUCCUCUUCUUCACAUGUGUUCCUCUUCUUCACAUGUGUUCCUCUUCUUCACAUGUGUUCCUCUUCUUCACAUGUGUUCCUCUUCUUCACAUGUGUUCCUCUUCUUCACAUGUGUUCCUCUUCUUCACAUGUGUUCCUCUUCUUCACAUGUGUUCCUCUUCUUCACAUGUGUUCCUCUUCUUCACAUGUGUUCCUCUUCUUCACAUGUGUUCCUCUUCUUCACAUGUGUUCCUCUUCUUCACAUGUGUUCCUCUUCUUCACAUGUGUUCCUCUUCUUCACAUGUGUUCCUCUUCUUCACAUGUGUUCCUCUUCUUCACAUGUGUUCCUCUUCUUCACUGUGUUCCUCUUCUUCACAUGUGUUCCUCUUCUUCACAUGUGUUCCUCUUCUUCACAUGUGUUCCUCCUUCUUUCACAUGUGUUCCUCUUCUUCACAUGUGUUCCUCUUCUUCACAUGUGUUCCUCUUCUUCACAUGUGUUCCUCUUCUUACACAUGUGUUCCUCUUCUUCACAUGUGUUCCUCUUCUUCACAUGUGUUUCCUCUUCUUCACAUGUGUUCCUCUUCUUCACAUGUGUUCCUCUUCUUCACAUUUGUUCCUCUUCUUCACAUGUGUUCCUCUUCUUCACAUGUGUUUCCUCUUCUUCACAUGUGUUCCUCUUCUUCACAUGUGUUCCCUCUUCCUUCACAUGUGUUCCUCUUCUUCACAUGUGUUCCUCUUCUUCACAUGUUGUUCCUCUUCUUCACAUGUUGUUCCUCUUCUUCACAUGUGUUCCUCUUCCUUCACAUGUGUUCCUCUUCUUCACAUGUGUUCCUCUUCUUCACAUGUGUUCCUCUUCUUCACAUGUGUUCCUCUUCUUCACAUGUUUUCCUCUUCUUCACAUGUGUUCCUCUUCUUCACAUGUGUUUCCUCUUCUUCACAUGUUGUUCCUCUUCUUCACAUGUGUUCCUCUUCUUACACAUGUGUUCCUCUUCUUCACAUGUGUUCCUCUUCUUCACAUGUUGUUCCUCUUCUUCACAUGUGUUCCCUCUUCUUCACAUGUGUUCCUCUUCUUCACAUGUGUUCCUCUUCUUCACAUGUGUUCCAUCUUCUUCACAUGUGUUCCUCUUCUUCACCUGUGUUCCUCUUCUUCACAUGUGUUCCUCUUCUUCACAUGUGUUUCCUCUUCUUCACAUGUGUUCCUCUUCUCACAUGUGGUUCCUCUUCUUCACAUGUGUUCCUCUUCUUCACAAUGUGUUUCCUCUUCUUCACAUGUGUUCCUCUUCUUCACAUGUGUUCCUCUUCUUCACAUGUGUUCUCUCUUCACGUGUGUUCCUCGGUCUUCACCAUGUGUUCCUCUUCUUCACAUGUGGUUCCUCUUCUUCACAUGUGUUCCCUUCUUCACAUGUGUUCCCUCUUCUUAAACAUGUGUUUCCUCUUCUUCACAUGUGUUCCUCUUCUUCACAUGUGUUUCCUCUUCUUCUCACAUCUUCAAAUGUGUUCCUCUUCUUCACAUGUGUUCCUCUUCUUCACAUGUGUUCCUCUUCUUCACAUGUGUUUCCUCUUCUUCACAUGUGUUUCCUCUUCUUCACAUGUGUUCCUCUUCUUCACAUGUGUUCCUCUUCUUCACAUGUGUUCCUCUUCUUCACAUGUGUUCCUCUUCUUCACAUUGUGUUCCUCUUCUUCACAUGUGUUCCUCUUCUUCACAUGUGUUCCUCUUCUUCACAUGUGUUCCUCUUCUUCACAUGUGUUCCUCUUCUUCACAUGUGUUCCUCUUCUUCACAUGUGUUCCUCUUCUUCACAUGUGUUCCUCUUCUUCACAUGUGUUCCUCUUCUUCACAUGUGUUCCUCUUCUUCACAUGUGUUCCUCUUCUUCACAUGUGUUCCUCUUCUUCACAUGUGUUCCUCUUCUUCACAUGUGUUCCUCUUCUUCACAUGUGUUCCUCUUCUUCACAUGUGUUCCUCUUCUUCACAUGUGUUCCUCUUCUUCACAUGUGUUCCUCUUCUUCACAUGUGUUCCUCUUCUUCACAUGUGUUCCUCUUCUUCACAUGUGUUCCUCUUCUUCACAUGUGUUCCUCUUCUUCACAUGUGUUCCUCUUCUUCACAUGUGUUCCUCUUCUUCACAUGUGUUCCUCUUCUUCACAUGUGUUCCUCUUCUUCACAUGUGUUCCUCUUCUUCACAUGUGUUCCUCUUCUUCACAUGUGUUCCUCUUCUUCACAUGUGUUCCUCUUCUUCACAUGUGUUCCUCUUCUUCAGCAUGUGUUCCUCUUCUUCACAUGUGUUCCUCUUCUUACACAUGUGUUCCUCUUCUUCACAUGUGUUCCUCUUCUUCACAUGUGUUCCUCUUCUUCACAUGUGUUCCUCUUCUUCACAUGUGUUCCUCUUCUUCACAUGUGUUCCUCUUCUUCACAUGUGUUCCUCUUCUUCGACAUGUGUUCCUCUUCUUCACAUGUGUUCCUCUUCUUCACAUGUGUUCCUCUUCUUCACAUGUGUUCCUCUUCUUCACAUGUGUUCCUCUUCUUCACAUGUGUUCCUCUUCUUCACAUGUGUUCCUCUUCUUCACAUGUGUUCCUCUUCUUACCAUGUGUUCCUCUUCUUCACAUGUGUUCCUCUUCUUCACAUGUGUUCCUCUUCUUCACAUGUGUUCCUCUUCUUCACAUGUGUUCCUCUUCUUCACAUGUGUUCCUCUUCUUCACAUGUGUUUCCUCUUCUUCACAUGUGUUCCUCUCUUCACAUGUGUUCCUCUUCUUCACAUGUGUUCCCUCUUCUUCACAUGUGUUCCUCUUCUUCACAUGUGUUCCUCUUCUUCACAUGUGUUCCCUCUUCUUCACAUGUGUUCCUCUUCUUCACAUGUGUUCCUCUUCUUCACAUGUGUUCCUCUUCUUCACAUGUGUUCCUCUUCUUCACAUGUGUUCCUCUUCUUCACAUGUGUUCCUCUUCUUCACAUGUGUUCCUCUUCUUCACAAUGUGUUCCUCUUCUUCACAUGUGUUCCUCUUCUUCACAUGUGUUUCCUCUUCUUCACAUGUGUUCCUCUUCUUCACAUGUGUUCCUCUUCUUCACAUGUGUUCCUCUUCUUCACAUGUGUUCCUCUUCUUCACAUGUGUUCCUCUUCUUCACAUGUGUUCCUCUUCUUCACAUGUGUUCCUCUUCUUCACAUGUUGUUCCUCUUCUUCACAUGUGUUCCUCUUCUUCACAUGUGUUCCUCUUCUUCACAUGUGUUCCUCUUCUUCACAUGUGUUCCUCUUCUUCACAUGUGUUCCUCUUCUUCACAUGUGUUCCUCUUCUUCACAUGUGUUCCUCUUCUUCACAUGUGUUCCUCUUCUUCACAUGUGUUCCUCUUCUUCACAUGUGUUCCUCUUCUUCACAUGUGUUCCUCUUCUUCACAUGUGUUCCUCUUCUUCACAUGUGUUCCUCUUCUUCACAUGUGUUCCUCUUCUUCACAUGUGUUCCUCUUCUUCACAUGUGUUCCUCUUCUUCACAUGUGUUCCUCUUCUUCACAUUGUGUUCCUCUUCUUCACAUGUGUUCCUCUUCUUCACAAAACAUGUGUUCCUCUUCUUCAACAUGUGUUCCUCUCUUCACAUGUGUUCCUCUUCUUCACAUGUGUUCCUCUUCUUCACAUGUGUUCCUCUUCUUCACAUGUGUUCCUCUUCUUCACAUGUGUUCCUCUUCUUCACAUGUGUUCCUCUUCUUCACAUGUGUUCCUCUUCUUCACAUGUGUUCCUCUUCUUCACAUGUGUUCCUCUUCUUCACAUGUGUUUCCUCUUCUUCACAUGUGUUCCUCUUCUUCACAUGUGUUCCUCUUCUUCACAUGUGUUCCUCUUCUUCACAUGUGUUCCUCUUCUUCACAUGUGUUUCCUCUUCUUCACAUGUGUUCCUCUUCUUCACAUGUGUUCCUCUUCUUCACAUGUGUUCCUCUUCUUCACAUGUGUUCCUCUUCUUCACAUGUGUUCCUCUCUUCACAUGUGUUCCUCUUCUUCACAUGUGUUCCUCUUCUUCACAUGUGUUCCUCUUCAUUCACAUGUGUUCCUCUUCUUCACAUGUGUUCCUCUUCUUCACAUGUGUUCCUCUUCUUCACAUGUGUUCCUCUUCUUCACAUGUGUUCCUCUUCUUCACAUGUGUUCCUCUUCUUCACAUGUGUUCCUCUUCUUCACAUGUGUUCCUCUUCUUCACAUGUGUUCCUCUUCUUCACAUGUGUUCCUCUUCUUCACAUGUGUUCCUCUUCUUCACAUGUGUUCCUCUUCUUCACAUGUGUUCCUCUUCUUCACAUGUGUUCCUCUUCUUCACAUGUGUUCCUCUUCUUCACAUGUGUUCCUCUUCUUCACAUGUGUUCCUCUUCUUCACAUGUGUUCCUCUUCUUCACAUGUGUUCCUCUUCUUCACAUGUGUUCCUCUUCUUCACAUGUGUUCCUCUUCUUCACAUGUGUUCCUCUUCUUCACAUGUGUUCCUCUUCUUCACAUGUGUUCCUCUUCUUCACAUGUGUUCCUCUUCUUCACAUGUGUUCCUCUUCUUCACAUGUGUUCCUCUUCUUCACAUGUGUUCCUCUUCUUCACAUGUGUUCCUCUUCUUCACAUGUGUUCCUCUUCUUCACAUGUGUUCCUCUUCUUCACAUGUGUUCCUCUUCUUCACAUGUGUUCCUCUUCUUCACAUUGUUCUCUUCUUCACAUUGUCUUCCUCUUCUCACAUGUGUUCCUCUUCUUCACAUGUGUUCCUCUUCUUCACAUGUGUUUCCUCUUCUUCACAUGUGUUCCUCUUCUUCACAUGUGUUCCUCUUCUUCACAUGUGUUCCUCUUCUUCACAUGUGUUCCUCUUCUUCACAUGUGUUUCCUCUUCUUCACAUGUGUUCCUCUUCUUCACAUGUGUUCCUCUUCUUCACAUGUGUUCCUCUUCUUCACAUGUGUUCCUCUUCUUCACAUGUGUUCCUCUCUUCACAUUGUUCCUCUUCUUCACAUGUGUUCCUCUUCUUCACAUGUGUUCCUCUUCUUCACAUGUGUUCCUCUUCUUCACAUGUGUUCCUCUUCUUCACAUGUGUUCCUCUUCUUCACAUGUGUUCCUCUUCUUCACAUGUGUUCCUCUUCUUCACAUGUGUUCCUCUUCUUCACAUGUGUUCCUCUUCUUCACAUGUGUUCCUCUUCUUCACAUGUGUUCCUCUUCUUUCACAUGUGUUCCUCUUCUUCACAUGUGUUCCUCUUCUUCACAUGUGUUCCUCUUCUUCACAUUGUUUCCUCUUCUUCACAUGUGUUCCUCUUCUUCACAUGUGUUCCUCUUCUUCACAUGUGUUCCUCUUCUUCACAUGUGUUCCUCUUCUUCACAUGUGUUCCUCUUCUUCACAUGUGUUUCCUCUUCUUCACAUGUGUUCCUCUUCUUCACAUGUGUUCCUCUUCUUCACAUGUGUUUCCUCUUCUCACAUGUGUUCCUCUUCUUCACAUGUGUUCCUCUUCUUCACAUGUGUUCCUCUUCUUCACAUGUGUUCCUCUUCUUCACAUGUGUUCCUCUUCUUCACUAUGUGUUUCCUCUUCUUCACAUGUGUUCCUCUUUCAUUCACAUGUGUUCCUCUUCUUCACAUGUGUUCCUCUUCUUCACAUGUGUUCCUCUUCUUCACAUGUGUUCCUCUUCUUCACAUGUGUUCCUCUUCUUCACAUGUGUUCCUCUUCUUCACAUGUGUUCCUCUUCUUCACAUGUGUUCCUCUUCUUCACAUGUGUUCCUCUUCUUCACAUGUGUUCCUCUUCUUCACAUGUGUUCCUCUUCUUCACAUGUGUUCCUCUUCUUCACAUGUGUUCCUCUUCUUCACAUGUGUUCCUCUUCUUCACAUGUGUUCCUCUUCUUCACAUGUGUUCCUCUUCUUCACAUGUGUUCCUCUUCUUCACAUGUGUUCCUCUUCUUCACAUGUGUUCCUCUUCUUCACAUGUGUUCCUCUUCUUCACAUGUGUUCCUCUUCUUCACAUGUGUUCCUCUUCUUCACAUGUGUUCCUCUUCUUCACAUGUGUUCCUCUUCUUCACAUGUGUUCCUCUUCUUCACAUGUGUUCCUCUUCUUCACAUGUGUUCCUCUUCUUCACAUGUGUUCCUCUUCUUCACAUGUGUUCCUCUUCUUCACAUGUGUUCCUCUUCUUCACAUGUGUUCCUCUUCUUCACAUGUGUUCCUCUUCUUCACAUGUGUUCCUCUUCUUCACAUGUGUUCCUCUUCUUCACAUGUGUUCCUCUUCUUCACAUGUGUUCCUCUUCUUCACAUGUGUUCCUCUUCUUCACAUGUGUUCCUCUUCUUCACAUGUGUUCCUCUUCUUCACAUGUGUUCCUCUUCUUCACAUGUGUUCCUCUUCUUCACAUGUGUUCCUCUUCUUCACAUGUGUUCCUCUUCUUCACAUGUGUUCCUCUUCUUCACAUGUGUUCCUCUUCUUCACAUGUGUUCCUCUUCUUCACAUGUGUUCCUCUUCUUCACAUGUGUUCCUCUUCUUCACAUGUGUUCCUCUUCUUCACAUGUGUUCCUCUUCUUCACAUGUGUUCCUCUUCUUCACAUGUGUUCCUCUUCUUCACAUGUGUUCCUCUUCUUCACAUGUGUUCCUCUUCUUCACAUGUGUUCCUCUUCUUCACAUGUGUUCCUCUUCUUCACAUGUGUUCCUCUUCUUCACAUGUGUUCCUCUUCUUCACAUGUGUUCCUCUUCUUCACAUGUGUUCCUCUUCUUCACAUGUGUUCCUCUUCUUCACAUGUGUUCCUCUUCUUCACAUGUGUUCCUCUUCUUCACAUGUGUUCCUCUCUUCACAUGUUCCUCUUCUUCACAUGUGUUCCUCUUCUUCACAUGUGUUUCCUCUUCUUCACAUGUGUUCCUCUUCUUCACAUGUGUUCCUCUUCUUCACAUGUGUUCCUCUUCUUCACAUGUGUUCCUCUUCUUCACAUGUGUUCCUCUUCUUCACAUGUGUUCCUCUUCUUCACAUGUGUUCCUCUUCUUCACAUGUGUUCCUCUUCUUCACAUGUGUUCCUCUUCUUCACAUGUGUUCCUCUUCUUCACAUGUGUUCCUCUUCUUCACAUGUGUUCCUCUUCUUCACAUGUGUUCCUCUUCUUCACAUGUGUUCCUCUUCUUCACAUGUGUUCCUCUUCUUCACAUGUGUUCCUCUUCUUCACAUGUGUUCCUCUUCUUCACAUGUGUUCCUCUUCUUCACAUGUGUUCCUCUUCUUCACAUGUGUUCCUCUUCUUCACAUGUGUUCCUCUUCUUCACAUGUGUUCCUCUUCUUCACAUGUGUUCCUCUUCUUCACAUGUGUUCCUCUUCUUCACAUGUGUUCCUCUUCUUCACAUGUGUUCCUCUUCUUCACAUGUGUUCCUCUUCUUCACAUGUGUUCCUCUUCUUCACAUGUGUUCCUCUUCUUCACAUGUGUUCCUCUUCUUCACAUGUGUUCCUCUUCUUCACAUGUGUUCCUCUUCUUCACAUGUGUUCCUCUUCUUCACAUGUGUUCCUCUUCUUCACAUGUGUUCCUCUUCUUCACAUGUGUUCCUCUUCUUCACAUGUGUUCCUCUUCUUCACAUGUGUUCCUCUUCUUCACAUGUGUUCCUCUUCUUCACAUGUGUUCCUCUUCUUCACAUGUGUUCCUCUUCUUCACAUGUGUUCCUCUUCUUCACAUGUGUUCCUCUUCUUCACAUGUGUCCUUCUUCACAUGUGUUUCCUCUUCUUCACAUGUGUUCCUCUUCUCACAUGUGUUCCUCUUCUUCACAUGUGUGUCCUCUUCUUCACAUGUGUUCCUCUUCUUCACAUGUUGUUCCUCUUCUUCACAUGUGUUCCUCUUCUUCACAUGUGUUCCUCUUCUUCACAUGUGUUCCUCUUCUUCACAUUGUGUUCCUCUUCUUCACAUGUGUUCCUCUUCUUCACAUGUGUUCCUCUUCUUCACAUGUGUUCCUCUUCUUCACAUGUGUUCCUCUUCUUCACAUGUGUUCCUCUAAUCUUCGACAUGUGUUUCCUCUUCUUCACAUGUGUUCCUCUUCUUCACAUUGUGUUCCUCUUCUUCACAUGUGUUCCUCUUCUUCACAUGUGUUCCUCUUCUUCACAUGUGUUUCCUUCUUCUUCACAUGUGUUCCUCUUCUUCACAUGUGUUCCUCUUCUUCACAUGUGUUCCUCUUCUUCACAUGUGUUCCUCUUCUUCACAUGUGUUCCUAUUCUUCACAUGUGUUCCUCUUCUUCACAUGUGUUCCUCUUCUUUCACAUGUGUUCCUCUUCUUCACAUGUGUUCCUCUUCUUCACAUGUGUUCCUCUUCUUUCACAUGUGUUCCUCUUCUUCACAUGUGUUCCUCUUCUUCACAUGUGUUCCUCUUCUUCCACAUGUGUUCCUCUUCUUCACAUGUGUUCCUCUUCUUCACAUGUGUUCCUCUUCUUCACAUGUGUUCCUCUUCUUCACAUGUGUUCCUCUUCUUCACAUGUGUUUCCUCUUCUUCACAUGUGUUCCUCUUCUUCACAUGUGUUCCUCUUCUUCACAUGUGUUUCCUCUUCUUCACAUGUGUUCCUCUUCUUCACAUUGUGUUCCUCUUCUUCACAUGUGUUUUCCUCUUCUUCACAUGUGUUCCUUCUCACAGUGUCUCUAUUCACAUGUGUUCCUCUUCUUCACAUGUGUUCCUCUUCUUCACAUGUGUUCCUCUUCUUCACAUGUGUUCCUCUUCUUCACAUGUGUCCUCUUCUUCACAUGUGUUCCUCUUCUUCACAUGUGUUCCUCUUCUUCACAUGUGUUCCUCUUCUUCACAUGUGUUCCUCUUCUUCACAUGGUGUUCCUCUUCUUCACAUGUGUUCUACUUCUUCACAUGUGUUCCUCUUCUUCACAUGUGUUCCUCUUCUUCACAUGUGUUCCUCUUCUUCACAUGUGUUCCUCUUCUUCACAUGUGUUCCUCUUCUUCACAUGUGUUCCUCUUCUUCACAUGUGUUCCUCUUCUUCACAUUGUUUUCCUCUUCUUCACAUGUGUUCCUCUUCUUCACAUGUGUUCCUCUUCUUCACAUGUGUUCCUCUUCUUCACAUGUGUUCCUCUUCUUCACAUGUGUUCCUCUUCUUCACAUGUGUUCCUCUUCUUCACAUGUGUUCCUCUUCUUCACAUGUGUUCCUCUUCUUCACAUGUGUUCCUCUUCUUCACAGGUGUUCCUCUUCUUCACAUGUGUUCCUCUUCUUCACAUGUGUUCCUCUUCUUCACAUGUGUUUCCUCUUCUUCACAUGUGUUCCUCUUCUUCACAUGUGUUCCUCUUCUUCACAUGUGUUCCUCUUCUUCACAUGUGUUCCUCUUCUUCACAUGUGUUCCUCUUCUUCACAUGUGUUUCCUCUUCUUCACAUGUGUUCCUCUUCUUCACAUGUGUUCCUCUUCUUCACAUGUGUUCCUCUUCUUCACAUGUGUUCCUCUUCUUCACAUGUGUUCCUCUUCUUCACAUGUGUUCCUCUUCUUCACAUGUGUUCCUCUUCUUCACAUGUAGUCCUCUUACUCACAUGUGUUCCUCUUCUUCACAUGUGUUCCUCUUCUUCACAUGUGUUCCUCUUCUUCACAUGUGUUCCUCUUCUUCACAUGUGUUCCUCUUCUUCACAUGUGUUCCUCUUCUUCACAUGUGUUCCUCUUCUUCACAUGUGUUCCUCUUCUUCACAUGUGUUCCUCUUCUCACAUGUGUUCCUCUUCUUCACAUGUGUUCCUCUUCUUCACAUGUGUUCCUCUUCUUCACAUGUGUUCCUCUUCUUCACAUGUGUUCCUCUUCUUCACAUGUGUUCCUCUUCUUCACAUGUGUUCCUCUUCUUCACAUGUGUUCCUCUUCUUCACAUGUGUUCCUCUUCUUCACAUGUGUUCCUCUUCUUCACAUGUGUUCCUCUUCUUCACAUGUGUUCCUCUUCUUCACAUGUGUUCCUCUUCUUCACAUGUGUUCCUCUUCUUCACAUGUGUUCCUCUUCUUCACAUGUGUUCCUCUUCUUCACAUGUGUUCCUCUUCUUCACAUGUGUUCCUCUUCUUCACAUGUGUUUCCUCUUCUUCACAUGUGUUCCUCUUCUUCACAUGUGUUCCUCUUCUUCACAUGUUUCCUCUUCUUCACAUGUGUUCCUCUUCUUCACAUGUGUUCCUCUUCUUCACAUGUGUUCCUCUUCUUCACAUGUGUUCCUCUUCUUCACAUGUGUUCCUCUUCUUCACAUGUGUUCCUCUUCUUCACAUGUGUUCCUCUUCUUCACAUGUGUUCCUCUUCUUCACAUGUGUUCCUCUUCUUCACAUGUGUUCCUCUUCUUCACAUGUGUUCCUCUUCUUCACAUGUGUUCCUCUUCUUCACAUGUGUUCCUCUUCUUCACAUGUGUUCCUCUUCUUCACAUGUGUUCCUCUUCUUCACAUGUGUUCCUCUUCUUCACAUGUGUUCCUCUUCUUCACAUGUGUUCCUCUUCUUCACAUGUGUUCCUCUUCUUCACAUGUGUUCCUCUUCUUCACAUGUGUUCCUCUUCUUCACAUGUGUUCCUCUUCUUCACAUGUGUUCCUCUUCUUCACAUGUGUUCCUCUUCUUCACAUGUGUUCCUCUUCUUCACAUGUGUUCCUCUUCUUCACAUGUGUUCCUCUUCUUCACAUGUGUUCCUCUUCUUCACAUGUGUUCCUCUUCUUCACAUGUGUUCCUCUUCUUCACAUGUGUUCCUCUUCUUCACAUGUGUUCCUCUUCUUCACAUGUGUUCCUCUUCUUCACAUGUGUUCCUCUUCUUCACAUGUGUUCCUCUUCUUCACAUGUGUUCCUCUUCUUCACAUGUGUUCCUCUUCUUCACAUGUGUUCCUCUUCUUCACAUGUGUUCCUCUUCUUCACAUGUGUUCCUCUUCUCACAUGUGUUCCUCUUCUUCACAUGUGGUUCCUCUCUGCACAUGUGUUCCUCUUCUUCACCAUGUGUUCCUCUUCUUCACAUGUGUUCCUCUUCUUCACAUGUGUUCCUCUUCUUCACAUGUGUUCUCUUCGUUCACAUGUGUCCUCUUCUUCACAUGUGUUCCUCUUCUCACAUGUGUUCCUCUUCUUCACAUGUGUUCCUCUUCUUCACAGGUGUUCCUCUUCUUCACAUGUGUUCCUCUUCUUCACAUGUGUUCCUUUCUUCACAGGUUCCUCUUCUUCACUGUGUUCCUCUUCUUCACAUGUGUUCCUCUUCUUCACAUGUGUUCCUCUUCUUCACAUGUGUUCCUCUUCUUCACAUGUGUUCCUCUUCUUCACAUGUGUUCCUCUUCUUCACAUGUGUUCCUCUUCUUCACAUGUGUUCCUCUUCUUCACAUGUGUUCCUCUUCUUCACAUGUGUUCCUCUUCUUCACAUGUGUUCCUCUUCUUCACAUGUGUUCCUCUUCUUCACAUGUGUUCCUCUUCUUCACAUGUGUUCCUCUUCUUCACAUGUGUUCCUCUUCUUCACAUGUGUUCCUCUUCUUCACAUGUGUUCCUCUUCUUCACAUGUGUUCCUCUUCUUCACAUGUGUUCCUCUUCUUCACAUGUGUUCCUCUUCUUCACAUGUGUUCCUCUUCUUCACAUGUGUUCCUCUUCUUCACAUGUGUUCCUCUUCUUCACAUGUGUUCCUCUUCUUCACAUGUGUUCCUCUUCUUCACAUGUGUUCCUCUUCUUCACAUGUGUUCCUCUUCUUCACAUGUGUUCCUCUUCUUCACAUGUGUUCCUCUUCUUCACAUGUGUUCCUCUUCUUCACAUGUGUUCCUCUUCUUCACAUGUGUUCCUCUUCUUCACAUGUGUUCCUCUUCUUCACAUGUGUUCCUCUUCUUCACAUGUGUUCCUCUUCUUCACAUGUGUUCCUCUUCUUCACAUGUGUUUCCUCUUCUUCACAUGUGUUCCUCUUCUUCACAUGUGUUCCUCUUCUUCACAUGUGUUCCUCUUCUUCACAUGUGUUCCUCUUCUUCACAUGUGUUCCUCUUCUUCACAUGUGUUCCUCUUCUUCACAUGUGUUCCUCUUCUUCACAUGUGUUCCUCUUCUUCACAUGUGUUCCUCUUCUUCACAUGUGUUCCUCUUCUUCACAUGUGUUUCCUCUUCUUCACAUGUGUUCCUCUUCUUCACAUGUGUUCCUCUUCUUCACAUGUGUUCCUCUUCUUCACAUGUGUUCCUCUUCUUCACAUGUGUUCCUCUUCUUCACAUGUGUUUCCUCUCUUCACAUGUGUUCCUCUUCUUCACAUGUGUUCCUCUUCUUCACAUGUGUUCCUCUUCUUCACAUGUGUUCCUCUUCUUCACAUGUGUUCCUCUUCUUCACAUGUGUUCCUCUUCUUCACAUGUGGUUCCUCUUCUUCACAUGUGUUCCUCUUCUUCACAUGUGUUCCUCUUCUUCACAUGUGUUCCUCUUCUUCACAUGUGUUCCUCUUCUUCACAUGUGUUCCUCUUCUUCACAUGUGUUCCUCUUCUUCACAUGUGUUCCUCUUCUUCACAUGUGUUUCCUCUUCUUCACAUGUGUUCCUCUUCUUCACAUGUGUUCCUCUUCUUCACAUGUGUUCCUCUUCUUCACAUGUGUUCCUCUUCUUCACAUGUGUUCCUCUUCUUCACAUGUGUUCCUCUUCUUCACAUGUGUUCCUCUUCUUCACAUGUGUUCCUCUUCUUCACAUGUGUUCCUCUUCUUCACAUGUGUUCCUCUUCUUCACAUGUGUUCCUCUUCUUCACAUGUGUUCCUCUUCUUCACAUGUGUUCCUCUUCUUCACAUGUGUUCCUCUUCUUCACAUGUGUUCCUCUUCUUCACAUGUGUUCCUCUUCUUCACAUGUGUUCCUCUUCUUCACAUGUGUUCCUCUCUUCACAUGUGUUCCUCUUCUUCACAUGUGUUCCUCUUCUUCACAUGUGUUCCUUUCCUUCACAUGUGUUCCUCUUCUUCACAUGUGUUCCUCUUCUUCACAUGUGUUCCUCUUCUUCACAUGUGUUCCUCUUCUUCACAUGUGUUCCUCUUCUUCACAUGUGUUCCUCUUCUUCACAUGUGUUCCUCUUCUUCACAUGUGUUCCUCUUCUUCACAUGUGUUCCUCUUCUUCACAUGUGUGUCCUCUUCUUCACAUGUGUUCCUCUUCUUCACAUGUGUUCCUCUCUUCACAUGUGUUCCUCUUCUUCACAUGUGUUCCUCUUCUUCACAUGUGUUCCUCUUCUUCACAUGUGUUCCUCUUCUUCACAUGUGUUCCUCUUCUUCACAUGUGUUCCUCUUCUUCACAUGUGUUCCUCUUCUUCACAUGUGUUCCUCUUCUUCACAUGUGUUCCUCUUCUUCACAUGUGUUCCUCUUCUUCACAUGUGUUCCUCUUCUUCACAUGUGUUCCUCUCUUCACAUGUGUUCCUCUUCUUCACAUGUGUUCCUCUUCUUCACAUGUGUUUCCUCUUCUUCACAUGUGUUCCUCUUCUUCACAUGUGUUCCUCUUCUUCACAUGUAUGUUCCUCUUCUUCACAUGUGUUCCUCUUCUUCACAUGUGUUCCUCUUCUUCACAUGUGUUCCUCUUCUUCACAUGUGUUCCUCUUCUUCACAUGUGUUCCUCUUCUUCACAUGUGUUCCUCUUCUUCACAUGUGUUCCUCUUCUUCACAUGUGUUCCUCUUCUUCACAUGUGUUCCUCUUCUUCACAUGUGUUCCUCUUCUUCACAUGUGUUCCUCUUCUUCACAUGUGUUCCUCUUCUUCACAUGUGUUCCUCUUCUUCACAUGUGUUCCUCUUCUUCACAUGUGUUCCUCUUCUUCACAUGUGUUCCUCUUCUUCUACAUGUGUUCCUCUUCUUCACAUGUGUUCCUCUUCUUCACAUGUGUUCCUCUUCUUCACAUGUGUUCUCUUCUUCACAUUGUUCCUCUUCUUCACAUGUGUUCCUCUUCUUCACAUGUGUUCCUCUUCUUCACAUGUGUUCCUCUUCUUCACAUGUGUUCCUCUUCUUCACAUGUGUUCCUCUUCUUCACAUGUGUUCCUCUUCUUCACAUGUGUUCCUCUUCUUCACAUGUGUUCCUCUUCUUCACAUGUGUUCCUCUUCUUCACAUGUGUUCCUCUUCUUCACAUGUGUUCCUCUUCUUCACAUGUGUUCCUCUUCUUCACAUGUGUUCCUCUUCUUCACAUGUGUUCCUCUUCUUCACAUGUGUUCCUCUUCUUCACAUGUGUUCCUCUUCUUCACAUGUGUUCCUCUUCUUCACAUGUGUUCCUCUUCUUCACAUGUGUUCCUCUUCUUCACAUGUGUUCACUCUUCUUCACAUGUGUUUCCUCUUCUUCACAUGUGUUCCUCUUCUUCACAUGUGUUCCUCUUCUUCACAUGUGUUCCUCUUCUUCACAUGUGUUCCUCUUCUUCACAUGUGUUCCUCUUCUUCACAUGUGUUCCUCUUCUUCACAUGUGUUCCUCUUCUUCACAUGUGUUUCCUCUUCUUCACAUGUGUUCCUCUUCUUCACAUGUGUUCCUCUUCUUCACAUGUGUUCCUCUUCUUCACAUGUGUUCCUCUUCUUCACAUGUGUUCCUCUUUCUUCACAUGUGUUCCUCUUCUUCACAUGUGUUUCCUCUUCUUCACAUGUGUUUCCUCUUCUUCACAUGUGUUCCUCUUCUUCACAUGUGUUCCUCUUCUUCACAUGUGUUCCUCUUCUUCACAUGUGUUCCUCUUCUUCACAUGUGUUCCUCUUCUUCACAUGUGUUCCUCUUCUUCACAUGUGUUCCUCUUCUUCACAUGUGUUCCUCUUCUUCACAUGUGUUCCUCUUCUUCACAUGUGUUCCUCUUCUUCACAUGUGUUCCUCUUCUUCACAUGUGUUCCUCUUCUUCACAUGUGUUCCUCUUCUUCACAUGUGUUCCUCUUCUUCACAUGUGUUCCUCUUCUUCACAUGUGUUCCUCUUCUUCACAUGUGUUCCUCUUCUUCACAUGUGUUCCUCUUCUUCACAUGUGUUCCUCUUCUUCACAUGUGUUCCUCUUCUUCACAUGUGUUCCUCUUCUUCACAUGUGUUCCUCUUCUUCACAUGUGUUCCUCUUCUUCACAUGUGUUCCUCUUCUUCACAUGUGUUCCUCUUCUUCACAUGUGUUCCUCUUCUUCACAUGUGUUCCUCUUCUUCACAUGUGUUCCUCUUCUUCACAUGUGUUCCUCUUCUUCACAUGUGUUCCUCUUCUUCACAUGUGUUCCUCUUCUUCACAUGUGUUCCUCUUCUUCACAUGUGUUUCCUCUUCUUCACAUGUGUUCCUCUUCUUCACAUGUGUUCCUCUUCUUCACAUGUGUUCCUCUUCUUCACAUGUGUUCCUCUUCUUCACAUGUGUUCCUCUUCUUCACAUGUGUUCCUCUUCUUCACAUGUGUUCCUCUUCUUCACAUGUGUUCCUCUUCUUCACAUGUGUUUCCUCUUCUUCACAUGUGUUCCUCUUCUUCACAUGUGUUCCUCUUCUUCACAUGUGUUUCCUCUUCUUCACAUGUGUUCCUCUUCUUCACAUGUGUUUCCUCUUCUUCACAUGUGUUCCUCUUCUUCACAUGUGUUCCUCUUCUUCACAUGUGUUCCCUUCUUCACAUGUGUUCCUCUUCUUCACAUGUGUUCCUCUUCUUCACAUGUGUUCCUCUUCUUCACAUGUGUUCCUCUUCUUCACAAUGUGUUCCUCUUCUUCACAUGUGUUUCCUCAUCUUCACAUGUGUGCCUCUCUUCACAUGUGUUCCUCUUCUUCACAUGUGUUCCUCUUCUUCACAUGUGUUCCUCUUCUUCACAUGUGUUCCUCUUCUUCACAUGUGUUCCUCUUCUUCACAUGUGUUCCUCUUCUUCACAUGUGUUCCUCUUCUUCACAUGUGUUCCUCUUCUUCACAUGUGUUCCUCUUCUUCACAUGUGUUCCUCUUCUUCACAUGUGUUCCUCUUCUUCACAUGUGUUCCUCUUCUUCACAUGUGUUCCUCUUCUUCACAUGUGUUCCUCUUCUUCACAUGUGUUCCUCUUCUUCACAUGUGUUCCUCUUCUUCACAUGUGUUCCUCUUCUUCACAUGUGUUCCUCUUCUUCACAUGUGUUCCUCUUCUUCACAUGUGUUCCUCUUCUUCACAUGUGUUCCUCUUCUUCACAUGUGUUCCUCUUCUUCACAUGUGUUCCUCUUCUUCACAUGUGUUCCUCUUCUUCACAUGUGUUCCUCUUCUUCACAUGUGUUCCUCUUCUUCACAUGUGUUCCUCUUCUUCACAUGUGUUCCUCUUCUUCACAUGUGUUCCUCUUCUUCACAUGUGUUCCUCUUCUUCACAUGUGUUCCUCUUCUUCACAUGUGUUCCUCUUCUUCACAUGUGUUCCUCUUCUUCACAUGUGUGUUCCUCUUCUUCACAUGUGUUCCUCUUCUUCACAUGUGUUCCUCUUCUUCACAUGUGUUCCUCUUCUUCACAUGUGUUCCUCUUCUUCACAUGUGUUCCUCUUCUUCACAUGUGUUUCCUCUUCUUCACAUGUGUUCCUCUUCUUCACAUGUGUUCCUCUUCUUCACAUGUGUUCCUCUUCUUCACAUGUGUUCCUCUUCUUCACAUGUGUUCCUCUUCUUCACAUGUGUUCCUCUUCUUCACAUGUGUUCCUCUUCUUCACAUGUGUUCCUCUUCUUCACAUGUGUUCCUCUUCUUCACAUGUGUUCCUCUUCUUCACAUGUGUUCCUCUUCUUCACAUGUGUUCCUCUUCUUCACAUGUGUUCCUCUUCUUCACAUGUGUUCCUCUUCUUCACAUGUGUUCCUCUUCUUCACAUGUGUUCCUUCUUCUUCACAUGUGUUCCUCUUCUUCACAUGUGUUCCUCUUCUUCACAUGUGUUCCUCUUCUUCACAUGUGUUCCUCUUCUUCACAUGUGUUCCUCUUCUUCACAUGUGUUUCCUCUUCUUCACAUGUGUUCCUCUUCUUCACAUGUGUUCCUCUUCUUCACAUGUGUUCCUUCUUCUUCACAUGUGUUCCUCUUCUUCACAUGUGUUCCUCUUCUUCACAUGUGUUCCUCUUCUUCACAUGUGUUCCUCUUCUUCACAUGUGUUCCUCUUCUUCACAUGUGUUCCUCUUCUUCACAUGUGUUCCUCUUCUUCACAUGUGUUCCUCUUCUUCACAUGUGUUCCUCUUCUUCACAUGUGUUCCUCUUCUUCACAUGUGUUCCUCUUCUUCACAUGUGUUCCUCUUCUUCACAUGUGUUCCUCUUCUUCACAUGUGUUCCUCUUCUUCACAUGUGUUCCUCUGCUUCACAUGUGGUUCCUCUUCUUCACCAUGUGUUCCUCUUCUUCACAUGUGUUCCUCUUCUUCACAUGUGGUUCCUCGUCUUCCAACAUGUGUUCCUUCUUCUUCACAUGUGUUCCUCUUCUUCACAUGUGUUCCUCUUCUUCACAUGUGUUCCUCUUCUUCACAUGUGUUCCUCUUCUUCACAUGUGUUCCUCAACUUCUUCACAGGUGGUGCCUCUUACUUCACGAUGUGUUCCUCUUCUUCACAAUGUGUUCCGCUUCUUCACAUUGUUCCUCUUCUUACACGAUGUGUUCCUCUAUUCUUCAACAAAUUGUUGUUCCUCUUCUUCACAUGUGUUCCUCUUCUUCAACUAUGUGUUCCUCUUCUUCACAUGUGUUCCUCUUCAUGUGUUCUUCAACAUGUGUUUCCUCUUCCUUCACAUGUUGUCCUCUUCUUCACAUGUGUUUCCUCUUCUUCACAUGUGUUCCUCUUCUUCACAUGUGUUCAUCUUCUUCACAUGUGUUCCUCUUCUUCACAUGUGUUCCUCUUCUUCACAUGUGUUCCAUGUGUUCCUCUUCUUCACAUGUGUUCCUCUUCUUCACAUGUGUUCCUCUUCUCCAUGUGUUCCUCUUCUUCACAUGUGUUCCUCUUCUUCACAUGUGUUCCUCUUCUUCACAUGUGUUCCUCUUCUUCACAUGUGUUCCUCUUCUUCACAUGUGUUCCUCUUCUUCACAUGUGUUCCUCUUCUUCACAUGUGUUCCUCUUCUUCACAUGUGUUCCUCUUCUUCACAUGUGUUUCCUCUUCUUCACAUGUGUUCCUCUUCUUCACAUGUGUUCCUCUUCUUCACAUGUGUUCCUCUUCUUCACAUGUGUUCCUCUUCUUCACAUGUGUUUCCUCUUCUUCACAUGUGUUCCUCUUCUUCACAUGUGUUCCUCUUCUUCACAUGUGUUCCUCUUCUUCACAUGUGUUCCUCUUCUUCACAUGUGUUCCUCUUCUUCACAUGUGUUCCUCUUCUUCACAUGUGUUCCUCUUCUUCACAUGUGUUCCUCUUCUUCACAUGUGUUCCUCUUCUUCACAUGUGUUCCUCUUCUUCACAUGUGUUCCUCUUCUUCACAUGUGUUCCUCUUCUUCACAUGUGUUCCUCUUCUUCACAUGUGUUCCUCUUCUUCACAUGUGUUCCUCUUCUUCACAUGUGUUCCUCUUCUUCCACAUGUGUUCCUCUUCUUCACAUGUGUUCCUCUUCUUCACAUGUGUUCCUCUUCUUCACAUGUGUUCCUCUUCUUCACAUGUGUUCCUCUUCUUCACAUGUGUUCCUCUUCUUCACAUGUGUUCCUCUUCUUCACAUGUGUUCCUCCUUCUUCACAUGUGUUCCUCUUCUUCACAUGUGUUCCUCUUCUUCACAUGUGUUCCUCUUCUUCACAUGUGUUCCUCUUCUUCACAUGUGUUCCUCUUCUCACAUGUGUUCCUCUUCUUCACAUGUGUUCCUCUUCUUCACAUGUGUUCCUCUUCUUCACAUGUGUUCCUCUUCUUCACAUGUGUUCCUCUUCUUCCAUGUGUUCCUCUUCUUCACAUGUUCCUCUUCUUCACAUGUGUUCCUCUUCUUCACAUGUGUUCCUCUUCUUCACAUGUGUUCCUCUUCUUCACAUGUGUUCCUCUUCUUCACAUUUUCCUCUUCUUCACAUGUGUUCCUCUUCUUCACAUGUGUUCCUCUUCUUCACAUGUGUUCCUCUUCUUCACAUGUGUUCCUCUUCUUCACAUGUGUUCCUCUUCUUCACAUGUGUUCCUCUUCUUCACAUGUGUUCCUCUUCUUCACAUGUGUUCCUCUUCUUCACAUGUGUUCCUCUUCUUCACAUGUGUUCCUCUUCUUCACAUGUGUUCCUCUUCUUCACAUGUGUUCCUCUUCUUCACAUGUGUUCCUCUUCUUCACAUGUGUUCCUCUUCUUCACAUGUGUUCCUCUUCUUCACAUGUGUUCCUCUUCUUCACAUGUGUUCCUCUUCUUCACAUGUGUUCCUCUUCUUCACAUGUGUUCCUCUUCUUCACAUGUGUUCCUCUUCUUCACAUGUGUUCCUCUUCUUCACAUGUGUUCCUCUUCUUCACAUGUGUUCCUCUUCUUCACAUGUGUUCCUCUUCUUCACAUGUGUUCCUCUUCUUCACAUGUGGUUCCUCUUCUUCACAUGUGUUCCUCCUUCGUCACAUGUGUUCCUCUUCUUCACAUGUGUUCCUCUUCUUCACAUGUGUUCCUCUUCUUCACAUGUGUUCCCUUCUUCACAGUGUUCUCUCUCACAUGUGUUCCUCAUUCUUCACAUGUGUUCCUCUUCUUCACAUGUGUUCCUCUUCUUCACAUGUGUUCCUCUUCUUCACAUGUGUUCCUCUUCUUCACAUGUGUUCCUCUUCUUCACAUGUGUUCCUCUUCUUCACAUGUGUUCCUCUUCUUCACAUGUGUUCCUCUUCUUCACAUGUGUUCCUCUUCUUCACAUGUGUUCCUCUUCUUCACAUGUGUUCCUCUUCUUCACAUGUGUUCCUCUUCUUCACAUGUGUUCCUCUUCUUCACAUGUGUUCCUCUUCUUCACAUGUGUUCCUCUUCUUCACAUGUGUUCCUCUUCUUCACAUGUGUUCCUCUUCUUCACAUGUGUUCCUCUCUUCACAUGUGUUCCUCUUCUUCACAUGUGUUCCUCUUCUUCACAUGUGUUCCUCUUCUUCACAUGUGUUCCUCUUCUUCACAUGUGUUCCUCUUCUUCACAUGUGUUCCUCUUCUUCACAUGUGUUCCUCUUCUUCACAUGUGUUCCUCUUCUUCACAUGUGUUCCUCUUCUUCACAUGUGUUCCUCUUCUUCACAUGUGUUCCUCUUCUUCACAUGUGUUCCUCUUCUUCACAUGUGUUCCUCUUCUUCACAUGUGUUCCUCUUCUUCACAUGUGUUCCUCUUCUUCACAUGUGUUCCUCUUCUUCACAUGUGUUCCUCUUCUUCACAUGUGUUCCUCUUCUUCACAUGUGUUCCUCUUCUUCACAUGUGUUCCUCUUCUUCACAUGUGUUCCUCUUCUUCACAUGUGUUCCUCUUCUUCACAUGUGUUCCUCUUCUUCACAUGUGUUCCUCUUCUUCACAUGUGUUCCUCUUCUUCACAUGUGUUCCUCUUCUUCACAUGUGUUCCUCUUCUUCACAUGUGUUCCUCUUCUUCACAUGUGUUCCUCUUCUUCACAUGUGUUUCCUCUUCUUCACAUGUGUUCCUCUUCUUCACAUGUGUUCCUCUUCUUCACAUGUGUUUCCUCUUCUUCACAUGUGUUCCUCUUCUUCACAUGUGUUCCUCUUCUUCACAUGUGUUCCUCUUCUUCACAUGUGUUCCUCUUCUUCACAUGUGUUCCUCUUCGUCACAUGUGUUCCUCUUCUUCACAUGUGUUUCCUCUUCUUCACAUGUGUUCCUCUUCUUCACAUGUGUUCCUCUUCUUCACAUGUGUUCCUCUUCUUCACAUGUGUUCCUCUUCUUCACAUGUGUUCCUCUUCUUCACAUGUGUUCCUCUUCUUCACAUGUGUUCCUCUUCUUCACAUGUGUUCCUCUUCUUCACAUGUGUUCCUCUUCUUCACAUGUGUUCCUCUUCUUCACAUGUGUUCCUCUUCUUCACAUGUGUUCCUCUUCUUCACAUGUGUUCCUCUUCUUCACAUGUGUUCCUCUUCUUCACAUGUGUUCCUCUUCUUCACAUGUGUUCCUCUUCUUCACAUGUGUUCCUCUUCUUCACAUGUGUUCCUCUUCUUCACAUGUGUUCCUCUUCUUCACAUGUGUUCCUCUUCUUCACAUGUGUUCCUCUUCUUCACAUGUGUUCCUCUUCUUCACAUGUGUUCCUCUUCUUCACAUGUGUUCCUCUUCUUCACAUGUGUUCCUCUUCUUCACAUGUGUUCCUCUUCUUCACAUGUGUUCCUCUUCUUCACAUGUGUUCCUCUUCUUCACAUGUGUUCCUCUUCUUCACAUGUGUUCCUCUUCUUCACAUGUGUUCCUCUUCUUCACAUGUGUUCCUCUUCUUCACAUGUGUUCCUCUUCUUCACAUGUGUUCCUCUUCUUCACAUGUGUUCCUCUUCUUCACAUGUGUUCCUCUUCUUCACAUGUGUUCCUCUUCUUCACAUGUGUUCCUCUUCUUCACAUGUGUUCCUCUUCUUCACAUGUGUUCCUCUUCUUCACAUGUGUUCCUCUUCUUCACAUGUGUUCCUCUUCUUCACAUGUGUUCCUCUUCUUCACAUGUGUUCCUCUUCUUCACAUGUGUUCCUCUUCUUCACAUGUGUUCCUCUUCUUCACAUGUGUUCCUCUUCUUCACAUGUGUUCCUCUUCUUCACAUGUGUUCCUCUUCUUCACAUGUGUUCCUUCCCCCCACGCCUUGCCCCAACACUUGUCCCUCACAGCGCCCUGCACCAGCGCAUGCGGCCGUGGGUGGCGCGGAAGAUCCAGGAGUUCCUGGGGGAGGAGGAGCCCACGCUCGUCGACUUCAUUCUCUCCGAGACGCAGCAGCAUGUGGGCGGGGCGGCACUGCUCACCCUGCUGUAGCCGAUACUGGACGAGGGCUCUUGAGACGCAGCGCGCUUCACCAGCGCAUGCGGCCGUGGGUGGCGCGGAAGAUCCAGGAGUUCCUGGGGGAGGAGGAGCCCACCCUGGUGGACUUCAUUCUCUCCAAGACGCAGCAGCACGUGGGCGGGGCGGCGCUGCUGGGGCUGCUGGAGCCGAUACUGGACGAGGAGGCGGAGAUGUUUGUGCUCAAGAUGUGGCGCAUGCUCAUCUUUGAGAUCAGGCGCGUUGAGAUGGGGCUCACUGGGAAGGCUGGUGCUAAGUACUACGCUCCCUCUCUCCUCUCUCUCCUUUCUCUGCUCUCUCGCCACUCUCUCCUCUCUCCCCUUUCUCCUCUCUCCUCUCUCUGCUCUCUUGCCCUCCUCUCAUCUCUCUCCUCUUUCUCCUCUCUCCCCUCUCUCCCCUCUCUCCCCUCUCUCGCCCCUCACUCCUCUCUCGUCCCUCACUCCUCUCUCGUCCCUCACUCCUCUCUCGUCCCUCACUCCUCUCUCGUCCCUCUCGCCUCUCUCUCCCCUCUCUCCUCUCUCGCCGAUAUUGCUCUCGCUUCUGCCCCUCUCUCCUCUCUCUUAUGA